AUGCCUCUUCCUCCGGCUAGUGGAACUGGCAAAUACUUCGCAAGAGCUGCAAAGUCUAUUAGACUUAUUCGGCAGGGAUGUACUAACAGGCCAUUCUUUCACAUAUCCGUAACUCACCGCAGAAGAUUAAACAGUCAGCCAGUUAUAGAACAACUUGGUUCAUAUGACCCAAUGCCAAAUUUCAACAAUGAGAAACUGGUAGCACUUAAUUUAGAAAGAAUUAAAUACUGGUUAGGACAAGGUGCUCAUGUUACUACACCAGUGGCGGAACUUCUAGGUCUCGCUGGCUUCUUCCCUAUCCAUCCUCGAUGCUAUAUGACAGCUUGGAGAAACAGAAGAACUGAAAGAGAGAAUUUGGAGAAGCAGAAAGCAGCUGAUGCUGCAAAGGCGUCC